AUGUUGUUUUCUGCAAGCUUUCUAUACGAGAUAUUUUCUUUAGGGUCUAAAAUAUCUAGCUUUACAAGGGCUUCUUCUAGCGGCAUCGUGGUGUUGAGUGAUAAGGGGGUGCAAAAUACGCGUCAAUGUUGGUUGGGGUGUGCACUACGGGGCCGUGCACGCAACGAUGGAAAAAUCAGGUCUGAUACCGGCUUGGCACUGGCGCACAGCCACUUCCUCCUUACGCCCUGCUACCCUGCGUGUGUUGAUGGGUAUGCUGACUGCGUCGAGCUAGCCUAA